AUGAUUCAUGGACCGUGUGGUGCCAUCAAUCCCCAAUCACCUUGCAUGGUCGAUGGAAAGUGCUCUAAACGAUAUCCACGGAAAUUAACGGCGGAGACUGUCAUUGGCAUUGAUGGUUAUCCGCUGUAUCGGUGUCGAUCACCAGAUGACAACGGUCGAACUGUCACAACGAAAGUGAAAAGAAUGGAUUUCGUUGUCGACAACAGUUGGAUUGUUCCAUAUUCGCCACUUAUUUCUAAAUCGUUCAAGACACAUUGCAACGUUGAAUACUGCAAUUCAGUUAAGUCCAUAAAAUAUAUUUGCAAAUAUGUCACGAAAGGCAGUGAUAUGGCGGUUUUUGGAUUGCAAUCCUCGAAUACCAACGAUGAAAUUUCACGCUAUCAAGUUGGUCGUUAUGUGAACUGUAAUGAAGCGAUUUGGCGUAUAUUCGCAUUUCCCAUUCACGAACGUCAUCCUACUGUUACGCAUUUGGCGGUGCAUCUGGAGAAUGGUCAACGAGUAUAUUUCACGGCUUCGAAUGCUACGCAACGUGCUGAAACACCUCCAGCAACUACAUUGACCAGUUUUUUUUCAAUCUGCCAAAGCGAUCAGUUUGCACGAACUUUGCUUUACUCGGAGAUGCCACGUUAUUAUACUUGGAAUGCUUCAUCGAAGAAUUUUCAAAGCCGGAAGCAAGGCGAUGCGGUUCCUGGGUAUCCAGAUGUGCGUUCUACUGAUGCUCUUGGUCGUAUGUAUACAGUUCAUCCAAAGAAUAAUGAAUGUUUCUAUUUGCGGUUGUUGCUGGUAAAUGUGCGUGGGCCAACGUCAUUUGAGUCACUACGAACUGUUAAUAGUGUAAUAUUCCCAACAUAUCGUGCUGCAUGUGAAGAAUUGAAGUUAUUAGAAAACGAUAGUCAUUGGGAUACAACAAUCGCUGAAGCCAUUAUCUCUGCAUCUCAAAGUCAGAUACGCACAUUAUUCGCUAUCAUAAUUUCGACAUGUUUUCCAUCAAACCCAUGUAACCUGUGGCACAAAUACAAGGAUAAUAUGUCAGAAGAUAUUUUACAUCAAAUUCGUGUCAGAUCCAGAAAUCACGAUAUUGAGAUGAAUGAGGAGAUACAUAAUCGUGCUUUACUCUUGAUCGAAGAUAUGUGUUACCUCAUGUGCGGUAAUUUAUUAAUCAGGUUAGGAAUGCCAGCACCACAUCGUGAAAUGAAUGACGCAUUUAAUCGAGAAUUGGAAAGGGAACGUGAAUAUGAUCACCAGGAAUUAGAUUUAGUAGUUCAAACGAUGGUACCCCUGUUGAAUUACCAACAAAAGGAAGUUUAUGAUACUUUAAUGAAGGCAAUCGAUGAUGAAAAUGGUGGUUUAUAUUUCCUAGAUGCCCCUGGUGGAACUGGCAAGACAUUCCUCAUGUCAUUAGUUUUAGCAACUGUUCGGGCGAGAUUUAACAUAGCGGUUGCAGUUGCUUCUUCUGGAAUAGCAGCCACAUUGUUAGAAGGAUGCCGUACGGCUCAUUCAGCAUUCAAAUUACCGUUAAAUCUUCAAACUAUUGAAGAACCAACGUGUAAUAUUGCAAAACACUCAGCAAUGGCCAAAGUUUUAGCGGUAUCGAAAAUCAUCAUCUGGGACGAAUGCACAAUGGCGCAUAAACGUGCAUUAGAAGCACUUAACCGAACAUUAAAAGAUUUACGCAAUGACUCGAGAUGUUUUGGAGGAGCAAUGAUUUUACUUUCUGGCGAUUUCCGCCAAAUACUGCCAGUAAUUCCAAGAUCUACGGCUGCCGACGAAAUAAACGCUUGCCUCAAAUCGUCAAAUCUAUGGCGCCAUGUGAAGAAACUGCAACUGACAAAAAACAUGAGAGUUACAUUGCUUAAUGAUACAUCUGCUGCUGAUAAAUAUGCAUCUGCUGAAGAUUUCUCGGAGCAAUUGCUGACUAUCGGUAAUGGUCAAGUACCUGUCGAUGAAUCGAGCGGAUUAAUAUCAUUUCCAAAUAAUUUCUGUAAUUUUGUCUCAUCAAAAGACGAACUUAUCAACAAUGUAUUUCCAGAAAUUAUUUCUAACUACAAAAAUUAUGAAUGGAUGAGUGAGAGAGCAAUUUUAGCGGCUAAGAAUAAAGAUGUAGAUGACCUAAACUACAUAAUUCAAAAUAAGAUCAUUGGAACAAUGCAUUCAUUCAAAUCUAUUGACUGCGUCACAAAUGAAGAUGAAGCCACCAACUAUCCAAUUGAAUUUUUAAACUCUUUGGACGUGCCUGGCUUACCACCGCACAAUUUACGCCUAAAGGUUGGCUCCGUAGUAAUCAUGCUUCGAAACAUAAACCAACCAAAACUGUGCAACGUUCUAAAGAAGCUGCUCAAGUAG